AUGGCCGCGAAGACACUCGGCCCGACGUCCACAUUUGGGUCUCGUGGUGUACAAUCUUUGGCACAGACGGACAGACGGUCCCGUACGUUCUGGACGCCUACCAAUGAACUUUCUCCUGGUCAGAUAGACGAGCAGAAUUGUGAAACGUACAUUUCGGGAUCGAAUGUGCCAACACCGAAUCCCGCUAUUGGAGCAAACAGUGAACUAUCAAAUGUGCUUCGAGAGAGGUUCUUUACGUUACUGCCAGGCGAAAACAUUGUGAGACAACUUGGUGUCCAAAUCUAUCGCGGCCCAUUCACCGGUGGUAUAUUUACGGAGCUCCCGCCAAAGGCCCAUCUCCAAUCACUUUUCGAAGUAUCCUACGAUGAUAUCAACUGCCUGUGGCCGUUAUUCAAUCCAUCUAUCUUGAUAUCGCUCCUGGACGAGCACUACGCAAGUGAUGCUGCUUCAGCUGUCAAUAGCUUUGCACGCUGGGGUCUACUGAACACUGCAACAGCUAUUGCGAUUCAGUCCAGGGCAGCCGAGGGUUCAUAUAGUGAGAUGAUAGAUCUAUCAUGGCACUUCUUCAAAAAUUCGUUCAGUGUGUUUCCAGCAAUAGUCUCCCGGGGUUCAGAUCUCCUGGCCCUGGAAGCUCUUCUUGCCAUGGCCCUGUUCAUGCAAGGAUCAAGCGAUUUACGGACAACAUCACUUCUAAUUUCUGAAGCUGCGAGGUUAUCGUUAACACUUGGGUUUCAUAAAAAGUCUUACUAUUUGGGCAUGGAUCCAGUCAUCGCUGAGCGCCAAAAGCGUGCGUUCUGGAUUGCAUAUAUUCUUGACAGAGACAUGUCCAUCAAAACCGGAAUGCCAUCCGUUUACAAGGACGAUGAUAUCAGCCUUGAGUAUACAAAUUCGGAUUCACUCGGCUGCCCUGGGGAUAUUAUUUCCUCAGAAACCUGGUUGGAGGCAACUGUUUUUCGACUACGGACUGAGCUGGCCGUGAUCGAAUCCGACAUCCAGAAUCGGUUGUAUUCUGAGAAGAGCAGCAAGCGCACUGCAAGCCAGCUUUUACAAGCAGUCGUGGAACUGGAUUACCGGCUUGAAGAUUGGAAGGAAAAGGUUCCUUUGAAUAUACAGCCGGGCCGCAUUAUUUGGUCGGCCGUCACUGCACGAAAGGAACCUAUCAUUCUAUUACAUUACGUUUACUACUGCGCUAUGAGCGCAGUUCACAGUUUCGCGGCGCAUCUCAUGCCAGUUGACGAUGUUUCCUUGCUUUCGCAAUCCAUUUCUUCAAGGAUCAUUCACACGAACAUGGCCCAAGAAUCCGUGCGACUGCUGCAGCAUUUACCACCCCAGGCACCAGGAUAUCUCUGGCAGAUUUUGUUCUAUCCUCUGUCUGCGUGCAUUGCACUGGUUGCAAUAUUGCUUAAAUACCCCACGGAUGUGCGAGCACGAUCCCACUUGAGACACAUUGGUGAUUUUGUCAAGUUUCUCAACAAGGUUCAACAACAUAACGUACUUGACGUGGAGCGCAUGCUGCAUCUGUGUACUGAGUUUGAGAAACUUGUGGUCGAUGCAACCACAAUGGAGACAAAUGUGCUCCAGUCAGCGGAAUUUCCAACCACUGGUUGUUCAAAUACCUGCUUAAAUGCAAACGCUCAAAGGCUUAUAUCACAGCAAGCGUUUUACGGCCAUCAUAUGCAUCUCGCGCAGGGCCUCAUGGGUAACAUGCCAGCCUUACAGGCUCUUGCUGCUAAUGUCUUCUUCGAUCUUCUUCCUGAACAAAAGGCGAACUCAUCUACAGGGGUUCUUGCACCUGCUCUGCUCAAUCCGGAAACCUACCAAUUUGCCUUCACGCAAGGAUUCAAUAAGCACUGA